GAAAGAAGACUGAAUGAGAAACAGCGUGCAAAGAAGAAAACGCGUUGAAGGAAGGAGGUUAAGGUUUCUCUCUCGGUCUCCCUCUAUCUCACACUCGUUUGUUGUUGGUUCAUAAACGACCAAAAACAAAAUCUUGUCUCGUCAUAAAAAACGGCAAGAAUCAUCAGUUAAAUUAUACCUACCCAUGACCCAUCAAUCAAGUCUUGUCCUUUUCCCCCUUCUCUCUCUCUCUCUCAUGCAAAAGCUUUGAGCUUCAAAUACCAAUCUUGAUUUGAUACAAGAGCCCAGUGGCAUGUUUCUUGACUUUUGAUAAUCUCAUCAGAAAUGAAGAAUCUUGUUGGGGUUUUCAAAAUUCUUCUACUUUUCUGUUUCUUUCUCUCGAUCCGUUUAGUUUCUUGUUUAAACUCAGAUGGGUUAACUCUACUCUCGCUUCUGAAGCAUUUAGACAAAGUACCACCGGAAGUAACUUCGACAUGGAAGGUGAACGCAUCUGAAGCCACUCCAUGUAACUGGUUUGGUAUCACAUGUGACGAUUCUGAGAAUGUCGCGUCUCUCAACUUCACUAAUUCUAGGGUUUCAGGUCAGUUGGGUCCUGAAAUCGGUGAGCUCAAAAGCUUGCAGACUUUGGAUCUGAGUAGUAACAAUUUCUCUGGGACUAUACCUUCCACUUUAGGAAACUGUACCAAUCUCGUUUCUUUAGAUUUGUCUGAAAACAGUUUCUCCGGUGAGAUCCCAGAUACUCUCGGUAGCUUGAAGAGCUUGGAGGAAUUUUAUCUUUACUCAAACUUUCUCACUGGUGAGUUGCCUCAAUCCUUGUUUCGAAUUCCCAAGUUGCAGAUUCUAAAUCUGGAGUAUAACAAUCUAACAGGUCCGAUUCCUCAAAGUAUUGGUGAAGCUAAGGAGAUUGUGGAUCUGCGUAUGUUUGAGAAUCAGUUAUCUGGUAACAUCCCUGACUCGAUUGGGAACUGCAGUAGUCUAGAGAUUCUGUAUCUGCACAGGAACAAGUUAGUUGGUUCGUUACCUGAAAGUCUUAACCUUUUGGUGAAUCUCACUGAUCUGUUUGUUGGUAACAACAGCCUAGGAGGGCCGUUACGUUUAGGCUCACCAAACUGCAAGAAUCUGUUGACUUUAGAUUUGUCCUACAAUAAAUUCGAAGGUGGUGUCCCUUCUGAAUUGGGCAAUUGCAGUAACCUUGAUGCUCUAGUCAUUGUGGAUGGUAACUUGUCUGGUACAAUCCCUCCUUCAUUGGGUUUGUUGAAGAAGCUUACAGAUAUAAACCUUUCAGAGAAUCGUCUCUCUGGGAGUAUCCCCACGGAGCUUGGGAACUGUAGUAGCUUGAACUUGUUGAAGCUGAACAAUAACCAGCUUGGAGGGGAGAUACCUAGUACAUUAGGGAAGCUGAAGAAGUUAGAAAGUUUAGAGCUUUUCGAAAACCAGUUCACGGGUGAGAUUCCUAUGGAGAUAUGGAAGAGUCAGAGUCUUGCACAGUUGCUGGUUUAUCAAAACAACCUCACAGGGGAACUACCUGUGGAAAUGGCACAGAUGAAGCGUUUAAAGAUUGCUACGCUCUUCAACAACAGCUUUUAUGGACCAAUACCGCAUGGUUUAGGUGUGAACAGCAGCUUAGAAGAGAUUGACUUUAUUGAUAACAAACUCACAGGAGAGAUACCACCGAAUCUAUGCCAUGGAAAGAAGUUGAGUAUUCUCAAUUUGGGUACUAAUCUGCUUCACGGUUCAAUACCAACUUCUAUUGGUAACUGUAAGACCAUCACGAGAUUCAUCCUUAGAGAAAACAACCUUUCAGGUCAUCUUCCUGAGUUUUCUCAGGAACAUAGCCUUCAAUUUCUUGAUUUCAAUAGCAACAACUUUGAAGGACCAAUCCCGGGGAGCCUCGGAAGCUGUAGGAAUCUCUCGAGCAUCAACCUGUCUCGAAACAAACUCACAGGAAAGAUACCUCCACAACUUGGGAAUCUACAAAGCCUUGGCUAUUUGAAUCUUUCACGUAAUCUUCUUGGAGGUCCUUUACCAGCUCAGCUGUCUAAGUGUGUGAAUUUUGAGCGUUUUGAUGUUGGCUACAACUCAUUAAACGGUUCGAUUCCUUCAGAGUUUAGUAACUGGAAAGGCUUGGCGACUUUGGUUCUCAACGAUAACCGGUUUUCAGGAGGUAUUCCACAGUUCUUUCCUGAGCUGAGAAAGCUGUCAACUCUGCAGAUUGCUCGAAAUGCUUUUGGUGGUGAGAUUCCUUCGUCUCUUGGGUCGAUAGAGGUUCUGACUUAUGAUUUGGACCUUAGCGGAAACGGAUUGACAGGUGAUAUUCCUUCCAAGUUGGGGGAUCUUGACAGACUAACAAGACUCAACAUAUCCAACAACAAGUUGACAGGCUCUUUGUCUGUUCUUGAGAAUCUUGAAUCAUUGCUGCGUGUUGAUGUUUCUAACAAUCAGUUCAAUGGUUCAGUACCGGUACACUUGAAGAAAGAGUUGAUCUCUGACCUGUCGAUGUUUUCAGGAAAUCCCAAACUCUGCAUUCCACAUUCCUUUUCUGGUAGCAACAAUAGCCACAGCGGGUUGAAUUACUGCAAGGGUAAAAGUGGCCUCAGCACCUGGAAGAUUGCACUUAUAGCGGUCUUAUCCUCUUUACUUGUCUUGGUUUUGGUUAUUGCCCUUGUUUUCAUUUGCCUACGCCGACGCAAAGGAAGACCAGAGAAAGAGAAAGAUGCUUAUGUCUUCACACAGGAGGAAGGCCCAUCUUUGUUGCUUAACAAAGUUCUUGCAGCAACUGACAAUCUUAAUGAAAAGUACAUCAUUGGAAGAGGAGCUCACGGAGUUGUAUACAGAGCUUCUUUGGGCUCAGGAAAGGUCUACGCUGUGAAGAGACUCGUCUUUGCAUCUCACAUCCGCGCCAACCAGAGUAUGAUGAGAGAGAUCGAUACCAUUGGUCAAGUGAGGCACAGGAAUCUGAUUAAGUUAGAAGGGUUUUGGCUGAGGAAAGAUGACGGUUUGAUGUUGUAUAGGUACAUGCCCAAAGGAAGCCUAUACGAUGUUCUCCACGGCGUUGGUCCAAAAGAUAAUGGCCUAGAUUGGUCUGCACGGUUCAACGUAGCGCUUGGUGUCGCUCACGGACUGUCCUAUCUACACUAUGACUGUCAUCCCCCGAUUGUUCACCGUGACAUCAAACCAGAGAACAUACUCAUGGACUCAGACUUGGAGCCUCACAUUGGGGACUUCGGUUUGGCUCGCCUUCUUGAUGACUCAACGGUUUCAACUGCCACUGUUACAGGCACCACCGGGUACAUCGCACCAGAAAACGCAUACAAAACCGUGAGGGGAAGAGAAUCAGAUGUUUACAGUUACGGAGUUGUGUUGCUCGAGAUGGUAACAAGGAAGAAAGCGGUGGACAAAUCAUUCCCGGACAGUACAGAUAUAGUAAGCUGGGUCAGAUCAGUGUUGAGCAGCAGCAAGGACAACAAUGUGGAAGACAUGGUGACAACAAUCGUCGAUCCUACUCUUGUGGACGAGCUUCUGGAUUCGAAUCUUAGGGAACAGGUGAUUCAAGUGAUGGAACUGGCACUGAGCUGUACUGAUAAAGAUCCGGGAAUGAGACCAACGAUGAGAGAUGCGGUGAAACUGUUGGAAGAUGUCAAGUAUCUUGAAAGAAGUUGCUCCUCUCAAAGAAGUUUCUCUGCUGGAACCGUGGGAUUGUUAGCUAACUCGUAAUGUAUAACUCGGCCAAUAAUGUAAAAUAUGGGCCUAAUUAAGGCCCAAUUAUGACGGCCCUUUAGUUGUAACCGUGUUUGUGAAAUAAAUAUAUCGUUUAUCAAAA